UUAAAACAGGAAAUUAAAUAAUAAUAUAAUCUGUCCUAUUGGACUGGUAGUUCUGUUGCAUCAUAGACAAAAUUGUUAGGUUAUGUUCGAAUGUCAGGCAAAGUGGCAAAAUUUCUGGUAAACAUCAAACGCUAUGGUGUAUAUGGCAAUAAAAGAUGUUCUGUUGUUAAAGUCCCCACUAAAAACACAAUUAAGAUUCGCGUCCAGAAAUGUGGGCAGAAAUGCCGCCAAAGAAAUUCGCCGCAGAUUCUUGGACUACUUCACACACGAAAACGGACAUCAGUUCGUCAAGUCCAGCCCCGUCGUACCGCUAUGCGAUCCCACGGUGGCGUUCGUCAACGCCGGAAUGAAUCAGUUUAAGGGUAUUCUUUUGGGCACGCAGAUCCCCGAGUUCACGCAGGUGGCCAAUACGCAGAAAUGUGUUAGGGUUGGAGGCAAGCACAAUGAUCUUAACAUUGUCGGCACAGAUGGAUAUCAUCACACAUUUUUUGAAAUGCUUGGGAACUGGUCUUUUAAUCAGUGUGAUAAGAACCAGGCAUGUAAAUAUGCAUGGGAACUGCUAACUGAAACCUUCAUGCUAUCACCUCAUAGACUGUAUGUGACAUAUUUUAAUGGUGAUGAGAAAUUAGGCAUUCCUGCUGACACAGAAACUAAAGAAAUAUGGAAAUCAUUGGGUGUGUCAGACAAUAGAAUUUUACCAUUUGGCUGUAAAGAUAAUUUCUGGGAAAUGGGACUGACUGGUCCCUGUGGACCUUGUACUGAAAUUCAUGUUGACAGUAUAGGCUUUAAAAACAGAGCAGAAUUUGUUAAUAAAGGAUUGCAUGAUCUUAUUGAAGUAUGGAAUUUAGUCUUUGUUCAAUACAAUAGGUUACCUGAUGGCAGUAUAGUGAAUUUACCAAAUAAACAUUUAGAUACUGGAAUGGGUUUUGAAAGAUUAACCUCCGUUUUACAAGGAAAGAUUUCUGAUUAUGACACUGAUAACUUUUUAUACAUCAUUGAUGCAAUUAGCAAAAGCUGCAAGAAUUUACCCAAAUAUUCAGGACAAUUUGGAGAAAAAGAUUGGGAUAGUCUAGACACUAGUUACAGAAUAUUAGCUGACCAUGCUAGAAUGAUAACUGUGUGCCUUGCUGACGGCGUUAUUCCUGAACAAAACCAAAAAUUCAGAAGGAUUUUACGAAAGUCGAUAUUAUUAUCUCAAGAUGUUUUUAAAGUAAAAUCUGGACUUAUAAAAGAAUUAUCCAAUUAUAUUUUAGAAGAAUUAUCUAAUGCAUAUCCUGAGAUGGAAAAGAGUAUAAAACGAGUCCAUCAAAUUCUAGAUUAUGAAGAAGAAGUAUUUGAAGAUAUAAGACGGAAGGCCACAAAAGAGUGGAAAAUUUUAUCAGGUUCCAAUCCAAAAUUACAAGAUCUCAACGUUUUAGAAACUCCAAAUCUUGUGGCGGCGUACAAAGAAUUAUCGUUCAUAAACCCGACAAAAAUUGACGGAAAAUUGGCAUUUAAAUUGUACGAUACGUACGGCUUAGAUGAAGACAACAUUGCAAAAUUGUCUGAAGCUCUAGACAUGCAGUUCAACCCUAAGGAUUUCAUGCAGGAAUUUGAGUUAGCCAAAGCUAAAUCCAAAGAGGGUAGUGUCGUAGAACCUAAGGAUGAUACGAUAUCGAAGUUGGUAAAGUUUCCUAAAACCGACGACCAAUUUAAAUACAAUUACGGAAAAGUCGAUGGCGUUUAUACCUUCCCUAGUCAAAAAGUCAAGAUAUUAACAAUUUUAGACGAGAACGGCGACACAUCACAACAACUAAAAACAAACCAGUAUGGCUCCAUACUCCUGGAUAGCACCAACGUAUACUGGGACGCGGGCGGUCAAACUGGGGACAUCGGUGUGAUCAACUUCAACGACGGCGCCGUCUUCGAAAUAUUGCAAGUGGAGAAUCUCAACGGAUACGUCUUGCACAAGGGCAUUUGCAGAAGUAAGCAGCCCAUAGAAGUGAACAUGAACGGCAGCUUGUUCGUGAACGAAGACGAGAGAUUGAAGAAGAUGCGCAACCACACCGCCGUACAUUUGCUCAACGCUGCCAUCCAGGAGAAGAAAGGCGCCACAUGCCAGAAAUCCAGCAAAGUUACCGACAACUUCCUGAAUCUCGAUGUGGCCAUUUUCAGCAGCAAGUUGAACGUGCAGGAACUCAAGGGCAUAGAGGACAGAAUCAAUGCCAUCAUCCGCGGUAAACUUCCGGUACGAACGUUGACCGUGAACAGCCAAGGGUUGCUGAAGUUCGAUCAGAUCACCGUUAUACCCGGAGAGAUUUAUCCUGAAGCUGAUAUUAGGGUGAUUGAAGUGGAUGACAAGGAAAAGUUCCUGUCAAGAGAACCUUGUUGUGGCACACAUGUAUUGAACACUGGUGAUAUUGAAGAUUUUUGUGUAGUUACCAUGAAAUCGUUGGGUAGAAGUACCGUAUCUAUUAUGGCAGUAACUAAUGAAAGGGCAAAGAUGGCCAGAGAAAACGCUGCUUUAUUAGAAGAAGAUAUUUUGCAAUUUAAGAAAACCCUGCCUGACAAUUUAGAUAAUCCUGAUAUGUUAAAUAUGGUCGUCCUAGCUUUAAAACAAAGACUGAACUAUACAAUCACAGACAAUUCUAUUCUACCUCUAGACGCGAAAAAUAAAUGUAGCGAAAUGUUAAAUGAAAUUAAUAAACAAAUCAAAGGCACUGCCAGAGACUCAUUGAAAGACUUUAUACAAUUAGAAAUGCAGAACGCAAUAGAAACCAAUGUGAAAAGAACAAAAACGGACAAAGAAUACAUAGUUCAUUACCUCAGAAGUUCCAUGAUGCUUCAAUCUGUUUCUCUGCAAACGGCGACGAGAAUGUGUCCAAAUUUACCUGUGCUAGUGAUCGCUUACGCCGAUAAUAUGGUAAAAGCGAGAUGUUGUGUUCCUAAAGAGCUGAGAAACGAACAAUUUAACGCCGAAAUCUGGUUGAAGAACGUCGCGAAAGUCUUCCAUAGUCGAGUUGCGCCACCCAAAGGACAAGAUGGUACAUUGGUGGCGAACAUGAAGCCGAAAAAAGUCAGUGUCCAAGAAUGGGACACCUUGUUAAAUGAAUGUAUGGAGAAUGCCGAGAAUUAUAUACAACAACAUUUGAACUAAUUGUAAUAAAAAAAUAGAUUUUUUAUGUUUUA